CAUCACUUCGAGGAGCACCAGACUUUCUCUCUCCUGUCGAUGGAAUAUUGCGCCGCAGGCGACCUGCACAACUUCAUCCAUAGUGUACAAGACGAGCACAAGCGCUCCUCGGACUUGUGUCGAAUGGCUGCUGAGCUUGUAUGCGCUGUGCACCACUGUCAUUACGGUAUGGGUCCCCACUAUCUGCUGCACGGCGAUAUCAAGCCGUCGAAUGUGUUGAUCGCAGCAGACGGCACCGUCAAAUUAGCCGACUUUGGCCUGUCGAGGCUCAAGAGUGGCGGCCACCUGGAACGAUGGAACUUCGUCGGCACGCCUGGCUAUACAGCUCCAGAGAUCCUCCGGCGUUUUCCUUAUGGACCAGCCAGCGACGUUUGGUCUCUCGGUUGUACCUUGUACGAGCUCUUCACCUCCAGGCGAGUGGAAGCGAGAUGGACGGAGUGCUUUCGUAGUCUCUGUAGCUGACAGCCAUCGCAGGAUGCUUUUCCAAGAGGUGCCGGCUCUGUCGACGCGGACAAAACAAGGUCUGCUCAAAGAUUCUUUCCACAAAGAGGCUCUGGCCUUGCUGUCGUCGCACUGCACUGAUUUGAUCGAGUCAACUACACGAGUUCACGCGAGUGAGCGGCCGACGACCGCCGCACUUCUGGCUCAGUCCCACAUUCUGGUGUGGUUGAAGGACGCCGUUGCUUCGCCAGGUGUCGUUCAAGGUGGCGGGCGUUCUUUUGAGCGACGAGGCGGCCACAUCGAGC